AAUGUGAACAAGGCUGGUUUGGUGAGAACUGCACUACAACCUGCCCUAGAAUAUGUCCACAUAAUUUAUGUGACAACAUCACUGGCAAGUGUUUGUCAUGUGUUGGCAACCGCAUGGGAUCCAAGUGUGAGGACUGUCCUGUGGGAUAUUACGGCGCCCUGUGUGACAUCCCCUGUACAGCGUUCUGCUGGAACAGAUCCUGUGACAAGGUUGAUGGCGUGUGCCACAGUUGUGUAGACGGCUACAGAGGGGAAUAUUGUAAUAUAG